AUGACAGAGUCUAGCGAGCGUGCGGAAGCUGCGCAGCAAAUUAGCCGUUCGACAUCUUCGCCGAACAGUCAGAGUGCUGCUUCGACGAGACACGAUGUCCAGCGUGGCGCCACCGCCAUCGAGGGGGAAAAGGGAGCGGCCGAGGAGAAGGAUGCCAAUCUCGUCUCGUGGGACGUCGAUGCAGAUUCACGCAAUCCGCUUGCAUGGUCGACGGCCAAACGGUGGACCAUCUUGAUGAUCGUAUCCACAUGCAGUCUCUGCGUCACUUGCACCUCCAGCGUAGUGGUGAGUCGCGCUAGCAUAGGCUGCGAUCAAGUACCGCUCUUCUUAUAAAGGCGCUGCCCUCCCCACCCCCACGCCACAGUCAAGCACCUUUGAGUCUCUCGAGAGCGACUUUCGAAUCGGGCACGAGGUGGCCAUCCUGGGCUUGUCGUUGUUCGUGCUGGGCCUCGGCAUCGGACCCUUGGCACUGGCUCCGCUGUCGGAAUUCUACGGCAGGCGUCCAGUCUACCUCUCCUCGUUUGGUCUGUUCGUCUUGCUUGGCUUGCCAGUAUCCUUUGCAAACAACCCGGCAGUGUUUUUCAUCUUUCGAUUCUUGACGGGCGUCUUUGGAAGCGCUUUCCUUAGCGUCGCCGGCGGCACCGUUGCCGAUCUGUUCUUGCCAAAGGAUAUGGCGCUGCCCAUGGCUGCAUACACGAUGAGCCCAUUUCUGGGUGAGUGGCGCUGGCGCGCUACACCGCACCCGUGAACAGAUGGACGCAGAUGCUCACCAGAUGUUCCCACCUGCAGGACCAAUUCUUGGACCUCUGUACGCCGGCUUUGCCACGUAUUUCUCCACCUGGCGUUGGACAUUUUGGACGAUCAACAUUUGGUCGUUCAUCAUGUGGAUCGCGCUCCUCCUCUUCGUUUCCGAGACCUUUCAUCCGGCCAUCCUCACCACAAAGGCCAAACAUCUUCGUCGAAGCACGGGAAACCCCAAUCUUUGCUCUGCGCACGAGUUGAAGUUGAGGGAAAAGAGCAUCGGAGGAACGCUGAGGGCGAACAGCACAAAGGUGAUUCAGUUGUUGAUCCUGGAACCGAUGCUCGCGCUGCUGUGUCUCUGGACAGCGCUCCUGCUCGGCAUUUUGUACCUCUUCUUUGAAGCUUGUGAGUUGCGCGCGCGGGCAGCGUGAGCAUAGGGUUCGACAUGGUCCGCUCACUCCCUUGCAAGAUGCGCCUGAAUCUUGCAGUCCCAAUCGUCUUUGGAGCGCACGGAUUCAAUCUGUGGCAGACCGGCCUGUCUUUUCUCGGACUGGCAGUCGGCCUGCUUCUGGGCGCCUUCACCAUGCCCUACUGGGCCAGACGCUACCGACGGGCCAUGGCAGAGAAUGGAGGGCAAGCGCCGCCUGAAGCUCGACUACCGAUGGCCAUGGUCGCCGCCAUCCUCAAUCCGUGAGUUGGCCUUGGAGCAAGCGUGGACUGCUGACGCUGGAGCAGCACACAGUAGUGACACACCGCAACGCUCCACGUCAGCAUCUCGCUCUUCUGGUUCGCCUUUACGACGUAUCCCGCAGUACACUGGAGCAUCCCCAUCGUCGCUUCCAUACCGUUUGGCGCAGGCAUCCUCUUCACCGUGAGUCACGAGUGUGGUGCAUGCGCGCGCAAGAGCCUGACGAUGCAGCGAUCACUCAAACGCCUUGCGCACCCGCCAAACCCCCACCCCCCCAUCCCUGCCUGCCUGCCUGCCAAAAGUAUUCUGCCGUCUUCUCCUACACGGCCGACGUCUGGAGACCAGUGGCAGCCUCUGCAUUGGGGGCCAACUCCAUCUCGCGCAGUCUCUUCGCUUGCGUCUUUCCGCUCUUUGCGACGCAAAUGUACACUCGUCUAGGCAAUGCUGGCGCCACUGCCCUUUUGGCCGGACUCAAUGUGCUCAUGGUCCCCAUUCCCUUUAUCUUUGCAAAGUAUGGACCUCAACUUAGAGCGAAGAGUAGAUACAGCUAUUGA